UGAAGGAAAUACCAACCUGCUGCUGCUGGAGCCCAGAACCGCGCCGCGCGCCCUAGGUCCGAGUCUGGCCAUGCAGGCAGAGCCGCCGCUCUACCCUGUGGCCGGGGCCGCCGGGCCUCACGGGGAUGAAGACCGCCUCGGGGUUCCUGACGGGCCAGAGGCUCCGCUGGACGAGCUAGUGGGCGCGUACCCCAACUACAACGAGGAGGAGGAGGAGCGCCGCUACUACCGCCGCAAGCGCCUCGGCGUGGUCAAGAACGUGCUGGCGGCCAGCGCGGGGGGCACGCUCACCUACGGCGUCUACCUGGGCCUCCUGCAGAUGCAGCUGAUCCUGCACUACGACGAGACGUACAGGGAGGUGAAGUACGGCAACAUGGGGCUGCCGGACAUCGACAGCAAGAUGCUGAUGGGCAUCAACGUGACGCCCAUCGCCGCCCUGCUCUACACACCCGUGCUCAUCAGGUUUUUCGGUACCAAGUGGGUGAUGUUCCUAGCUGUGGGCAUCUACGCCCUCUUUGUGUCUACCAACUACUGGGAACGCUACUACACGCUGGUGCCCUCUGCCGUGGCUCUGGGCAUGGCCAUUGUGCCUCUCUGGGCCUCCAUGGGCAACUAUAUCACCAGGAUGUCCCAGAAGUACUAUGAAUACUCCCACUAUAAGGAGCAGGAGGAGCAGCGGCCCCAGCAGCGGCCCCCACGCGGCUCCCACGCGCCCUACCUCCUGGUCUUCCAGGUCAUCUUCUAUAGCUUCUUUCAUUUGAGCUUUGCAUGUGCCCAGCUGCCCAUGAUUUACUUCCUCAACCACUACCUGUAUGACCUGAACCACACUCUCUCCAACGUCCAUAGCUGCGGCACUAACAGCCAUGGCAUCCUGACCGGCUUCAACAAGACGGUUCUGCGGACGCUGCCGGGCAGCCGAAACCUCAUUGUUGUAGAGAGCGUGCUCAUGGCGGUGGCCUUCUUGGCCAUGCUGCUGGUGCUGGGCCUGUGUGGAGCGGCCUACCGGCCCUCGGAGGAGAUCGACCUGCGCAGCGUGGGCUGGGGCAACAUCUUCCAGCUGCCGUUCAAACACGUGCGUGACUUCCGCUUACGCCACCUGGUGCCCUUCUUCAUCUACAGCGGCUUUGAGGUGCUCUUCGCCUGCACUGGCAUCGCCCUGGGCUACGGCGUGUGUUCUGUGGGGCUGGAGCGGCUGGGCUACCUGCUCAUAGAUUACAGCCUGGGUGCCUCAGCCGCCUCGGUCCUGGGGCUACUAGGACUGUGGCUGCCUCGCUCCGUGCCCCUCUUGGCUGGGGCAGGGCUGCACCUGCUGCUCACCCUUGGCCUCUUUUUCUGGGCCCCAGCGCCUCGGGUCCUCCAGCACAACUGGGUCCUUUACUUCGUGGCUGCCCUCUGGGGUGUGGGCAGUGCCCUCAACAAGACCGGACUUAGCACGCUCCUGGGCAUCCUGUAUGAAGACAAAGAGAGGCAGGACUUCAUCUUCACUAUCUAUCACUGGUGGCAGGCCGUGGCCAUCUUUGUUGUGUACCUGGGCUCCAGCCUGCCCAUGAAGGCCAAGCUAGCAGUGUUGCUGGUAACCCUGCUGACGGCAGUCAUCUCCUACCUGUCGAUGGAACAGAAGCUGCAGCAAGGGCUGCUCCCGAGACAGCCACGCAUCCCGAAGCCACAGCACAAAGUGCGCGGCUACCGCUACCUGGAGGAGGACAACUCAGACGAGAGUGAAGCGGAGGCUGAGCAGGGUCAGGGGGACUGUACAGAGGAGGACGCACCGAAGGGGGGCUCCCUCGGUGAGGAGCCGGCUGGUUCCUGCCGCAGGCCCUGUCCCUACGAACAGGCUCUGGGUGGUGAUGGGCCUGAGGAGCAGUAAGGGGCCCGGGGAGGCUAGCCUGACCCUCAGACUCAGCUUUCCAGCUUCGCAGCCCCAGCUUACUGUGUCUCAGGUGUACUGAGUCAUGCACCAUCGGCCAGAGGACAUUCUUUCCCCUCCCGGGGCCUGGGGUCACCUGGAACUUCUUCCGGGGAGAUGAGGGUCACCCCCAGGACCCCUAGAGGUAGGGGUGCCUCUACCUAACUCAGGGAGACCCCCUUCCUGCAUGCCUCAGGCCACUCCCUGCCUCUUUUGUAUGGUGUGACAGCUUUUGACUGGAGUUUGCAUCUCCUGCCCACAGGUUCCCCCACUGCAGAGCAGGGGGCCUAAUCGUUUUUGAUAGGAAAUAAUAAAAGAGUUUUGUAUUUCCUGGA